AUAAUUUUGAUGAGUGAAUCGAGAAACUUUGGUGGUUUAAGAAACUAUGACGAGGAUAAAUUCCGUAUUGUAAUAUCCGAACUUCCUUCCGAUACCAUAGAUAAGGAUAUUCAUGACAUUCUUGAUGGCUGUAUGAUAAGAAGUAUAAAACUUGUAAAUAACCCGGAUGAUGGAAGAUUUACAGGUCGAGCAUUCGUAAAUUUGAGCAGCGAAGAGUGUCUGAAGAAAGCUCUUGAAUUCGACGGAUGUACAUUUGAUGAACGCCAUCUAAAAAUUGAACAAAAAUUCUCUCGAAACCGCGAAGAACAGCAACGACAAUACGACGGCGGCCGCUAUCAAAAUCAGGGUUACAAUCAGCCCAGAAGAUCUUACAAAAACGCUUAUGGGAACUAUCAGGAUCAGUCCAAUACUAAUAGAAAAUAUUCCAACAACAAUCGUGAUUUUCCACGCCAGUUUUCCAAUGCAGGCUGGCGGUCUCAGAAGAAUAGCUAUGGAGAUAAUGAACAAAGAAGGAAUUUUGACCGAUACUCUUACGGGUAUAGGAGAGAUGAAGUCGACAAAGACCGGGGAUACUCAAGAUUCCAGAAGGGAAGAGAUCAAAAUUUAUGUGGAAGAUUUCAAAAAGGAGCAGAUUUUGGUGGCAAUUUCAGGCGAGGCUGUGACAUUUCUGUUCUUGAAGAGAGGAAAAAGUCUUACGGUUUUGAUGUUGGGUUAGUAUUGUUAGAGUUGGAACUUGAAAAGGAGAGAGAUCGAAAAUCUGUUGAUGAAUUGGGCGAAAGUUUGGAACGCGUUGACCUGAAAAAGGGCGUUUCCAAUGACAACUAG